AUGCCAGAUCACCUCCAGUCGCUUAUCAAGCCCAGUGAAGACGAUGGAAACAGCAGAGCCUGGACCUUCACAUGUGAUUCAAAUCCCAGCAUUGUCGAGCGUGAUGAUCUCCAGGCACCGCUGUACAUAUCUCCAAUCGAUCCACUUUUCCAAGACAUGGAUAAUCCCUCUAGACGUUACCUAUGUCAUUUUGCUACAACCCUCUGUGAAGACCUUGUGAUAGCUGAUGUUCCCAACGAGAACCCAUUCCGCAGUCUGAUCCCCAUAUGUAGAGAUCAUCCUAUCUUGCUCCACAUUAUAGUUGCCAAUUCCGCGAUGCAUAUCUCGAGUAUGAGCCGUCCAGGCUUUGACCCACAUAUAGGCGGCGUACAAUCACCGGUACUAGGUAAUUCGUCCUUGAAUAUCUUGAGCAAUACACGGCAUUCAACAGACGCCCCCGCCGGUGCAACCCUAGAUGCCCUAUUGGCAAAGCAGAACGCAAUCCACCUCCUAAAGACAGCUCUGGAGAAUCUACCAUCCACAGACGUCGACCUCAUAGUGACAGUCAUACUACUAUUUAUCAACCUCGAACUAAUCGACUCCGGCAAAAAUGCAUGGAGAGCGCAUGUUGAAGGCGCAAUGAAGCUUAUCAGCUCUCUAAAGUCGUUCGAGAAUCACCGAAUGUCUCCAAUAGCAUUAAUACGCGAUCGCAUCACUUCAGACUGCCUAACGUAUCAUAUCCUGGGCUCAACCCUCACAAAUUCCACCACCUUCCUGGAUCCAUUCGCUCUCCCCAUCGAUAUAACCACCAUCCUCAGACGAUCAGAAGCAAACAGCUAUCUCUCCUUCCCGACCACACUCCUCCAGAUCCUGUUCCGGGCAUGCGAGCUAUCGAAUAUAGCCUGCCGUCUACCCACAACGGAAUCCCACACUCUAAUCAACGAAGCACAUUCGUUACUAGAUGCCGCACAAUCCUUCGACGUAGCAGCCUGGGCGAACAGUGUCGAAGGCGCCCCCACACAGCGAACACCAAACCGGAUCCACACAGCCCUCGCCCACCAAAACGCAGUAUGUAUAUACAUAUACCGAAGUAUCACCCAUUUUCCAGCCGAUAUGAACUCAGAAGCACUGGUUACUGAGAUCAUCCACCAUCUUUCAUUCGUCGAUCCCAAAGAUCCUCUAUCCAAAGCCACCUCGUGGCCGACUUUCAUUGCCGGCGCCGAGACUGAUAACCCGGUGUAUCGGCAGUGGGCUCUAGAUCGGUUGAAUCGACUGUGGAAUGUACUGCCGUGGGGAUAUGUGCAAACUGCGGUAGAGGUUAUGCAGAUGGCUUGGAGAUUGAGGGAUGAGUCUGGCUUGCAUUCUACGGGUUGGGUUCAGCAGUUGAAGACGUUGGGGAAUCAUUGGUUGAUUGCGUGA